AUGGCUCACGAACAAUCACAAUCUAACAACUCCCGUAAAUCACCAGGAACGUCUAAAAUGGAAUUUUCAAAUCAAACUCAACAAACUGUUCAACCAACGGAAGUUAAUGGUACUCAAAAAUAUCAAAUAUCUAAUAAAGAUUGGGAUUCGUCACAUCAAGUACAACGUGGCACUCAAGGAAUCAAUGUUAAUAAUAUGAAUAUAGUAUCAAAUCUAAAUAAUUCUCAAGGUUUUGGUAAUGAAAGUUUCGUUACGACACCAUCAAAAAGAAUUGGAAAUACUGAUUUGGGAACCACGACAGGGUUUCAAAAUGCUUGUAAUAUUGGACAAUUUGUAGUUAAAAUGCCACCAGGUUUUAACGGAAAUUAUGAAACUCCGUAUCUAGAUCCUACGAUUAAAAAUUCACUUUCUGCGUUUGCUGAAGAUGAUGAUCAUGAUUGGGAGAAAGUAAUGCGUACUCCUGGACUUGAAGAUUCACCAAAGGAAUCCAUUGUCUAUAAACCUCUACGAUCAACACAAAGUUAUAACGGUGGAAUAUUUGGACCCAAUAUUCGAAGAUCUUCUACAAUAAAUAAUGUUCAAAGUAAUGGAGGUCCUUUAGAUUAUUAUGAUCCUUCUAAUUCUGCUGCUGGAUCAAUUACACCUACAUCUCCAACGACUUCAACAUUUCGUCUUCCAUCUUGGAGCACAUCUGUAGCAUCAGAAGGACUACAACGUCGUAGAUUAGAUGGAAAUGGUGAUGUAGUACCAGAUGAUGUUAUUUCUGGAAGUAUGGCUUUAUAUGAUCCAAGUAAUGAUGAUAUUAUACUUCCACAACGUGAUACGGGAAAAUUCACUUCAGGAAAUGAAAAAAAGGACUUUGGACAUGAAUUAAAAUUAGACAUUCGUGGUCUUCAGGCACCAAUUAUGACUGCUCCUCCUGGAUUGGAAGGAUAUCGUAGUCCGACUUCACCACUACAAGGUGGUAUAAUUACAUCUCCAUCACUUAAUGCGGAUCACAUCGAUCAAUAUUUUAGUCCAACAUUGGCAGGUCUCACCUCGCCGACGAUAACUAAUGUAAAUGUAGUAAAUCAAAACAUUAUACUAACAGGUGUUCGAGAUGAUCUUACAGGAAAUACUUCGUCGACAAAUCAAUCUAUGGCUGAAUUAACAAAUACAUUGAACAAUAUGAAUAUUAUUAGUGGAGUAAAUGGCUCUGAAAUAGGUAAAGUAACUUCCCCUGAUCUUUCAAAUGUUCAAGUAUCGGGAUCUUCGGGGGCACCUAAACAGCAAUUAUCAUGGGCAGCAAUUGCCAAAACCGCUCCCAAGCCCCCUCCAGUCAAUACUUCCCCUGAGGUAUUAGGUACGGUUGCUGGUGCAUAUAGUGCUGCUAUUUCACCGACCUCCACUAUUUCACCUACCUCGUCAUAUGCAGCCCGUCCAAUGUCUGCGCCUACCGGUGCAUGGGUUGGUAAAACCAAAAUCAUCGGAACUCCCUCAAGUAAUGGAAUGAACAAUAUUUUUGCUACUCCGCCACCAAAUCCCGGGCUCGUGACACCAACUGGUAUGAGUUCUAUUCCCAUUUCCACAGCUCAAAGUGUAUCGAAGAAAGAUAUGCUCGCAUGGAUUGCUGCAAAAGGUUAUAAUCCUAAAAAUUUUAAUGGCAAACCGAUACAUGCAAGAUUCUUUGUUAUAAAAUCUUAUACAGAAGAUGAUGUGCAUAAAUCAUUAAAGUAUGAUAUUUGGGCUAGUACUGAAAUCGGAAAUCGUCGUUUGGAUAAGGCAUUUCGUGAAAGUGCUGAUAAAGGACCAAUUUAUUUAUUUUUUAGUGUAAAUGCUAGCGGACAUUUUUGUGGUAUGGCACAAAUGCUUACACCGGUAGAUUAUACUACCAGUAGUAGUGUUUGGGCACAAGAUAAAUGGAAAGGUGUAUUUAAAGUUAAAUGGAUAUUUGUAAAAGAUAUUCCUAAUGGACAAUUAAGACAUAUUCGAGUUGUGAAUAAUGAAAACAAACCAGUCACGAAUAGUCGCGAUACUCAAGAACUUUUUCCUGAACCAGGUCGUGAAAUGUUAAAAAUCUUUUUCGAAUAUCGAAGUAAAACUUCUAUACUUGAUGAUUUCGAAUUUUAUGAUAAACGUCAAGUUGAAAUGAGGAAAGAUGGUAUCGCACCAUUGGUAGGACCAACAAGUCCUGGAGUAGUGACUACUAAUCCUUAUGCUAAUCUUACACCUUUACCGGGAACAAGUUCAAAUACAAAUACAAACAUUGGAACAAUAGUUAAAGGUAAUAAUGGGAAUGGUAGUGUUGACAAUCAUAAUGAUGAUUCAGAUAAUUAA